GUUCCAGUAUCGAAUUAUUCAAGUAGAGACUAAUCAACUUGCUCUAUAGUCUGGGGUCACUUCUCGCCAAUGGGUCCCAUCGAGGUGCUCACCAUGACCGAAAAUGCCCCGGCAGCCGACUCGGCGGCUCGGCGACCGGUGCACCCGUUCUUCGCGCAGAACCGCCCGAUCACACCGACAGCAGAGAAUCCCGCCGCCAAUGACGCGCCGAAUCCACACGUCCAUCAACCCGUUGCCCCAUCCACUGCAGACGCCAUAACAGGAGAUGAUAUCACGGAAAACCCAGCGGCGCGGCGCGGCAGACGACGCAAGGCCGAUCAAGACUCGAAUGCAGAAGAUAUGCCUAGGGAGACGAGGCCAAACAAACGGACGAGGAAUUCGGCGGGGGAUGGGGAUAUCGGGAACCAUCUCAUCAAACUCAACAACGGAGGCGAAGGCGAAAACACGAGCGACCUUGGCAGUUCUGGCGUCGGUGUCGGUGCUGUCGGUGCAUCUGCGGCAAACGUCCAGCUCUCCAUACACGCUACGGCAGAAGGAAAUCAUGGCACCCGUGAUUGCCCAACCAUCGGCCUAGACAUUAAGCCAUCUCCUAACGAGCAGCCCAAUGCGGUGAUGAGUGGUUGUGUCUCCGGCCCGGCUGCAACGUCCCAGGCUGCUGUAGCUAGCCCGGCCAAACCGCCGAAGAAGAUGUUGCAGUUCAACCCCAAGACUGGCACGAUCGGAUCACCCCCGAAACCGAAGGAGCCCCGGGUUGCCGCAUCGGAAACCGAAAUUGGGAAAAAGGCGGCUGGCAGACGUGGUAGAAAGCCGGCUUCAAAAGUCGUGCGUAUCACCUACGGACCGGAUCUGAAAACUCGCGCCAGGCUGGGCGAGUUAAUCAAUGCCAUCCUCGACGGGAGAACACAGAAUUCCUCCACCAGCAUCCAACAACCACCCACGUCCAACACCAAAAAGCAGUUGCCGAAAGCAACGGAGACACCUACACCGAAACCCAUAAACACCACCACCCAUCCCUUCUUCCUGGGUCAACCCAAAAUAAACGAUCCGCCUGCUACCGGUCCCAAGCCAAAAAAAACCAGCUCGUCCCCAACCAGCACCCGUACGAAGCACUACUGCGCGACACCGUGCUCACCGAAAAAGCCCCGUAUGGGCCCUACUUCGAAGAUUCCUAUGCCUCAAUUUGGUGUCAAAAGCUUGGGGCUGAAGUUUCCGGGCGCAAAACUACCAGCAUGGCCAUGGCAGGGCAUGGUGCACGUCCGGGGCGAUGAAAACGAUACCCCAGACGUAAAAGCCGACCCUCUGCCUCUUGUCAUCCGGAAGUCGAAAGGGAAUGCAGUCAGGAUGUUGCCGAGCGAGUCCGUUAUCAACACCGUUGCCGACUCGAUGCAACUUUCAGUCAUGGCUGAGGCUGUGAAGAACAUCGACACGGAUAAUUUUAUCCCUCCACCCCCCGAACUUCGUCUCCCACAGAAACACUUUGAGAGUGGAAGCAAGCUCCAGUCGCGGAUCAUCCCCGAGCUCAGAACUUUCCAGUCCUCCCUCAAAAGUACCCAGGGGCCUUGUAGCACCAUGCGAGCUCCCCCACAACUGGCCCGUCUCUUCACUUCCAUAUCUUCAUCCCUAUCGGCAUUUGACAUGUCCCAAUGCGAGACCUCCAACUGGGUGCAGAAGUAUGCUCCAAUAACCGCCACCGAAGUGCUCCAGCCGGGACAGGAAAUAUUUCUGUUGCGAGACUGGCUUCAAGCGCUGAUGGUACAGGCGGUAGACACUGGUUCCACAUUUGAGACCGACAAGGCAAAGGCUGGGUCAAAGUCGAAGUCCACGGGUGCUGGCAAAAAGAAGAGGAGAAAGAAACUCGAUGGCUUUAUUGUCUCCAGUGAAGACGAAGGCUACGAGUGGUAUGACCAGUCCGAGGAUGACGCCGACUGGGCUCCUAGCGGGAGCCGGGGUAUUUUCCGCAAGACAGUCGUCCGUUCUGGCAACCGAGCGAAAGGCAGGGACGGCAACAAAACCGCGAAUGCGCUGGUUAUCAGCGGCCCCCAGGGGUGCGGUAAAACUGCCGCAGUGUACGCCGUGGCUAAAGAACUGGACUUUGAGGUCUUCGAGAUCAAUGCGAGCAGUCGGCGGAACGGGAAGGACGUACUGGAAAAGAUCGGAGAUAUGACAAGGAAUCAUCACGUUCAACAGCAUCAGUCCUCCGAGGCGCCGGACAAUCAAGACGCUGCAGAGGACGACACAGCCAACGACAUCAAGUCAGGCAAGCAGCCAACUAUGAAUGCCUUCUUCACAGCCAAAGCAGCAGGGCCCAAAUCCAAGCAGCCAGCAAAGACCCCAGCCAAGACCUCGCAAAGCGAAGUGAAGAAGGAGCCAUCUAAAGUCCAGCGACAGUCGUUGAUCCUCCUCGAAGAGGUGGACAUUCUUUACGAGGAGGAUAAACAAUUCUGGGCCACACUGGUCGGCCUAAUCGCACAGGCCAAGCGACCGUUCAUCAUGACAUGCAACGACGAAACGCUUGUUCCCUUGCAUAUGCUGACGCUUCACGGCAUCUUUCGACUCAGUACUCCACCGAAAGACCUCGCGGUCGAUCGUCUCCUUCUCAUUGCGGCCAACGAAGGCCAUGCGCUCGCCAGGCAGUCGGUAGAGCAGCUAUACGACUCUCGCGGUUGUGAUCUACGGGCCACCACAAUGGACAUGCAGUAUUGGUGCCAGAUUGGAGUGGGCGACCGAAGGGGCGGCCUCGACUGGUUUUAUCCUCGCUGGCCAAAGGGAGUCGAUCUCGACGAGAACAAGGAGGUGGUCAGGGUCAUCAGUCAGGACACGUACCGAGCGGGGAUGAACCUCCUGGGGCGGGACCCCAUUAUUGACCCAAUGCUUUCUCCACGGCUCGUUGAGGAGGAGGUUCUCUACCAAGCUUGGGAUUCGUGGGGCAUUGACUUGGGGCACUGGCAGGAUUCGCCAGAGAUGAUCUCUUGGGCAGAGGGUCCAGGACCGACUUUCGAAAAUGCUGCCGACCGUCGGGCCGCGCUGUGUGCUUAUGAUGACCUAGCUGAAGCGAUGAGCGCGGCAGACGUGUGUUCUUUCCGGUCGUUUGCCGCAUUCAAAGAGGAAUCAAUGGACGCUACUCAACCAGCGCUACCAGCCAAAGCCCGCGACGAUUUCGUGCUCGGUGUCACACACCUCGAAACGCCGAUGAUCACUCACUACAACUCUCUUUGCACGUCCAUUGCUACCACUAUCAAGUCUCUUGCCAGGUCCUUGCUAGAUCCGCAAGCUGAAAAGCUCGGAGAACAAGCAGUGCCUACCAUGAGACCUCUAGACGAAACCAGUGCAACUUGCCGUCUCCAGAACAGUUUUACGUCCACUCUGCCGAGUUCUCCCGCCAUCGGCCGCAUGGAUUUUGCCUUCGCAUUCGACCCGAUUGCCGCUCCCGACACACCCCCGCUACAGCUAGCUUCGCACCUUGAGCCCUCGGUCUUUGAUCGUACAUUGAAGCUCAUUACCCUUGACGUAGCGCCGUACGUCCGAAGUAUCGUUGCCUACGAAUCACGGCUUCAAAGGCAGCGAAUCAAGAUGAGCAGCCUCGUGAGCGAAGGUGGUAAAGGCGGCCAAGGGUCGAAGCGGAUGCGAACCACCAGAGCGGCACUUUCGGCCCUGGAGGGCGGUUCAAGGAGCAGUACAAGGGGCGAGAGAUGGUUCAGUGCGGAUAUCAAUCCGUACUUGGUCGCAAAGACCGCGGGAGCGGGUUGGAAUGGCUUUGAAGCUGGGGGUCUCGAAACGCCUGAAGAGUCGAAGGGUUCAGAAGACUCCCCGAAGACCUCGCCGGACACGAGCCCCACCAAAAUCCCGAAGAGGGCCGUUUUGAAGAGCAGGAAGCGGAAGCAGGUUCUUCAAGACGAUGAUGACAUUGACGAGCUCGGCUGCUGAGUCGGCAACUUGCCAGCUAGAAUAUGGUGUACUUUUAGGGGCGUUGAGAUACGGCCAUGGAUCAAUGUGCUUGAACUGGGAAAGAAAUCGAGAAUGAUAAAUAAAUCGAUCAAUCUAUGAGCUCCUGCGUUGGU